AGCCCAAAGUUGAGUCAUCGGGGUUUUUGUAAGUGGAUCCCAUCGAGCAGACAUGUUCUCUCCCUCACUCUUCUAGCACCAUCUUUCCAACUCUUGUUUUUCUUUUAAGCUGCUUUAAGGUCCGGAGAAACCAAAGCAACAUGAAGUUUGUUUUGUCAGCCUGUUUACUUUUUUUCCUGGCAAAGGGCACAUUUACGCAGGAUGGAUUUGAUCUGUCUGAUGCGCUUGAUGAAGUAGAGCCAACUCCACAAAAACCAGAAGACCCAGCAAAUCCUAAAGAUGAUGAUGGAUUUGACCUCUUUGAUGCCCUAGGACCAGAUGAUCCGAAGAAACCUAAUAAACCUAAACCUAACCCUGGAGGUUCUGACCCAAAUGAAAAACCUGACAAACCUGCAAUCAAGCCCCCAAAGAAUGGAGGAGGUGGAGGCAGUUCUUUUGAUGAUAAAGACUUGUUUGACCUCGGUGGUGGAGAGUACAAGCCUGAGGGAGGAGGAGGUCGUGCUGAACAGCCCCACGAUACUGGUGAUCAGCCUCAAGACCCAGAUCUUCCGUGGCGCCAAAUCCUGAAGAUGCUAAUUUCUAACAUGCCGGAGGAAUUCUUUAUGUGGCUGUCCAAUACUAAACAGAUGUUAGAGAAGAUCUUGGAACUGGUGCAAACUUUGGUCUGAUUGGACUAAUUCUUGAAGAGGAUUGACAUUGAGAUAUCUCUCAGCUUUGUAUCUUUUACCAGGGGACUUUAUUAUGGGUAUUCAAAGAAAGUCCAAUUCAAAUGGACUUAUUGUCUUGUUUUAUUUACGGGGCUUUCUCAACUCAGACUGAAGGCUUGGCCCAGGAAAUGGCCAGGUCCUUGUUGAUGUCAGACACAUUAGUUACAAAGUUGUCCCUUCUUAGGAAAGGACCACAAAUCCCUGCAACAUUUGUCAAUGUCACCCAAAAAACUUCAGCAUUUCCAACGAUUGCAGUUAAAACUACUUGGGUUUCCUGGUCACAGUUCUCGUUGGACCAUUUGUUCUUCUCUCCUGUCUCCUUUUCAUGUUUUUGGCUUUCACUACUGUAGUUUUUUAAUGAACAUCCUAAAGAUGUUGUGGGAAUUGUUUGGGUAGUGUAUUCAUAGUCUGUUGCUAUUUGUUUUGUGUGCAGAAUAUAGGUCACCGUUUUUUUUUAUUAUUCGCAGUACUUGAUGUAAAUAUCAACCAAAAAUGGUUGAUAUUUAGUUACAAAUUUUUUCGCCAUGAUUCUGAUUCAUUCAAGAUUAUCAGAGCUCUGUGUGUUAGAGUAGAAAAGUAAGUGUGAUGUCCACAUUUAGCUGCAUGAUAAAACAUUGUAUGGUGACAUCAUCUGCAUUAACUCAUCAUGGGGAUACUGUCCAUGUCAUAUUACUUUGGGGCUUUUAAGGAUAUAUUUUUUUGAUUGUUUUUAUUUAUCACUUUUUUUCUCCAGGGUGAAACAAUUUGUAAAAAAAAAAAAUAUUAAAAAAAAAAGCAAAAAAUUAAAACAAGCAUUUUGGUGCAGAAGUCUGAAUUUACUUUAGACUUGUUUUCUAAUGUGCACACAAUUAAAAUGAUACUCCAAAAUAUGCUACACACAGUACAUAUAUACAUGUACACCCCCACUAAUACCUCAGUUCGUGCAGAAUUAGACUCUUCGAGGCCACUUACUUUCAAAGCGCCAACGUCUGACCUCUCGACAGUUCCUGGUGGAGAGAACAUCACGGAGCUGGAGCAACCUGACCUGACUGUGUGAUUUUGUUUACGUUUUCCCAAACUCAAGGGCUCGUCAAGGAACUCUUUUGACACACAUCAUACUCCUAUUGAAUUAUUUUCACAUCCAUCCAUCCAUCAUCUUCCGCUUAUCCGAGGUCGGGUCGCGGGGGCAGCAGCCUAAGCAGGGAAGCCCAGACUUCCCUCUCCCCAGCCACUUCGUCUAGCUCUUCCCGGGGGAUCCCGAGGCGUUCUCAGGCCAGCCGGGAGACAUAGUCUUCCCAACGUGUCCUGGGUCUUCCCCGUGGCCUCCUACCGACUGGACGUGCCCUAAACACCUCCCUAGGGAGGCGUUUGGGUGGCAUCCUGACCAGAUGCCCGAGCCACCUCACCUGGCUCCUCUCGAUGUGGAGAAGCAGCGGCUUUACUUUGAGUUCCUCCCGGAUGACAGAGCUUCUCUCCCUAUCUCUAAGGGAGAGCCCCGCCACACGGCGGAGGAAACAAAUUUCGGCCGCUUGUACCCGUGAUCUUAUCCUUUCGGUCAUGACCCAAAGCUCAUGACCAUAGGUGAGGAUGGGAACGUAGAUCGACCGGUAAAUUGAGAGCUUUGCCUUCCGGCUUGGAUCCUUCUUCCCCACAACGGAUCGGUACAACGUUUGCAUUACUGAAGACGCCGCACCGAUCCGCCUGUCGAUCUCACGAUCCACUCUUCCCCCACUCGUGAACAAGACUCCUAGGUACUUGAACUCCUCCACUUGGGGCAGGGUCUCCUCCCCAACCCGGAGAUGGCACUCCACCCUUUUCCGGGCGAGAACCAUGGACUCGGACUUGGAGGUGCUGAUUCUCAUUCCGGUCGCUUCACACUCGGCUGCGAACCGAUCCAGCGAGAGCUGAAGAUCCUGGUCAGAUGAAGCCAUCAGGACCACAUCAUCUGCAAAAAGCAGAGACCUAAUCCUGCGGUUACCAAACCGGAACCCCUCAACGCCUUGACUGCGCCUAGAAAUUCUGUCCAUAAAAGUUAUGAACAGAAUCGGUGACAAAGGACAGCCUUGGCGGAGUCCAACCCUCACUGGAAAUGUGUUCGACUUACUGCCGGCAAUGCGGACCAAGCUCUGGCACUGAUCGUACAGGGAACGGACCGCCACAAUCAGACAGUCCGAUACCCCAUACUCUCUGAGCACUCCCCACAGGACUUCCCGAGGGACACGGUCGAAUGCCUUCUCCAAGUCCAUCAUACUCCUAUUGAAUUAUUUUCACAGAUACAUUUUUUUAUUAGAGCUGUCAAAGUGAACAAGUUCGCUCGUGAUUAAUCACAAAAAUGAUCGCAUUAAUCGUGAACACAUUUAGAUUAAUCAUUCAAUUUUUAAAUGUUUAAAAAUGUUCCCGGAUAACAUUCCGAUCAGGGUAUCCGCGGAUCCUUAAAAAGUCUUAAAUUCAUGUAUCUAAAAUUAAGGCCUUAAAAAGUAUUACAUUUAUUAGAAAUUCCUAAGAUGGUCUUAAAUUCAGUACUCAAUGGUCUUAAAUUGUCGGGCCAGUUUUUUUUUUUUUCGGGGCACGUCUUUGAGUAAAAGUUACGGCACGUCUUUGAGUUAAAGUGAGUGAUUUCAGUGUCAGUCGCGAGUGUAGUCGGGUUGCGCGCAGACUCCUUCCUUUCUUCCUCACGUCCCGCCUUUCAGUCAGCAUGGCUGGAAGACAGUCGGUUUAAAAGCUGGCUUAAGCCUGUUGCCAAUCCCGAGGAGGCCAGGUGCAUACUUUGUAAGAGGGAUUUCAAACUUGGCACCAUGGGAAUUAGAGCGGUCGAAUCGCACAUGCAGUACGGUACGCAUAAAACCGUGGCAGAGAGCCAAAAAUAAACACCGGGCAUCUCUCAGUUCGGCGUGGGUCCAGCGCCAACGCCCGCCCAGCUAGCAACAGUUGCCGCUAGCAGCACUGGCCUGACACUAAUCUUCGACGGGACAGCAACAUUAAAAUCCGAGAUGUUAUGGAUCUUGCACACUGUGGUGAAACAUCAAUCCUACACCUCAAAUGACGGGAUUGGCCAUCUUUUUCGUGUGAUUCCUGAUUCUCAGGUUGCUAAUACAUUUUCCUGCGGAAAGGAUAAAACAGUAUAUAUUACGAGACACGGAUUAGUAUGUUUUAAUGAAAUGUUAUUUAACUUUACCCUCACCUCGUUUAUUAUGUUUUUACUGGCGUUGCUGUUGGUUUGUUUGUUUUGAAUGUCAAAGUUUUUGGAUCUCUCAAGAUUUUUGAUUGGUGCUUUUUAAUUUGUUUGUUAAUAAACAUACAAAAAGUAAA